AUGUCUCACGACCAGAGCGCUGGUGCUUCGAGGGCGACAGCGAUAGGUUCCUUGCCUUACUAUCGAGUUCCGCCGAACUUUGGCGGGACCUCUGGAGAAGACGUGGACGAGUGGCUGAAGAAAUACAAGAGGGUUCUCGUCGUGCCCGGCGACGUGUCCGUGGUUGCGGACGUCGCAAAUGUUGUGCAGAAGACAGUCAAGCAUUUCGGAAAAAUUGAUAUCCUGGUAAACAAUGCUGGUAUUGCCGUCCAAGGAUCCGUUCAAAGGUCCUCAGUCGAGGACUUUACCGAAGCUUGGGAGACGAAUUUGUGCGGUAGCAUCGUCAACAUUUCCGCCGCCUCGGGGCAGACUCCGACUCAGCGCGCCGUGCCCUACUGCGUUACAAAGGCAGCCCUGAAUCACCUGACACGAUGCGCUGCACUGGAGAAUGCUCCGUAUGGUGUACGUGUAAACACGCUCAGCCCUGGCGCUGUCAGGACGUUGAUAGCGAAGAGACCUGACCAAAGUGCAGAGGAAUACCUUGAGCACCUGGACAAAAUUGCCAGUUCCCAGCACGCGCUUGGACGAGCGGCCACACCGGAAGAAGUCGCUCAAUGCAUCGCUUUUCUGGCAUCCGAUGACUCCGCGUUCGUCACCGGGAUCACGAUGCUCAUGGAUGGAGGCUUGCUUCUUCUGUCCAGCAUCUCAGGUCCCGUCCCACAACAGAAUACCAAGAAGACUGUAUGA